CUCCUAGCCUGCGUAUCAGAACUUGAGGCAGCGGGUUGACAACUUUGUCUCCAACCACUUGGCCACUCAUACCUGGAGUCCGCAUCUCAACAAGAACCAGCUGAGAAAUAACAUUAGGCAGCAGGUUCUCAAGUCUGGAAUGUUGGAAUCUGGAAUUGACAGAAUUAUUUCUCAGGUUGUGGACCCAAAGAUCAACCACACAUUCAGACCUCAGGUGGAGAAAGCUGUCCAUGAAUUUUUAGCUACCUUGAAUCACAAAGAGGAGGCAGGCCCCAGUACAGCUCCAAGUGAGGAGAAAGCAGAUGCUUCUAUUACAGUACAAGGUGUCUCUACUACCGCUCCUAGUGGCAAUGUAGCUAGUGAUGCGAUGUCCAUUUUGGAAACAAUAACUUCUCUUAACCAAGAAGCAAGUGCUGCCAGGGCUUCAACAGAGAGUUUAAAUUCCAAGACUAAUGACAAAGUUGCAAAAAGACUCUUGUCUCAGCACAGUGUUGAUGGUAGCACUGAGAGAGACCGAAGUGCAGAGGACUUGCCAGACAGAGAGAGAGCAAUUUGUGAUCCUUCUGGAGAAGGAGCUGAAGCGUUUGAAAAGUGUGAAGAUUUAAAUGAGCUUCCCUGUCAAAGUGAAGAAAUAAAAAAUGCAGCAAAAGAUUCUAAUAGUGUAACUUCUACAAGUAAGGAAAUUCAACAGGAAAAUGAAGAUCAAAAGAAUAAAUUGGUUGAUAAAUGUGACAGGAAGCCAGACAGUAUUGAGAAAGGAGAAAGAAGAAAAGAAAAGAAAGAAAAACUUGAGAAGAAGUCUGACUAUUCAAAGAAAAGUGAUGAUACUACAAAGCCAAAAGAGGAGAAGCAAGAGAGAGAGUCACUGAAACAGUUAGUUCCAGAAAAAAAUAGCAAUAAACAUAAAUCAGCUGAAAGCACAAAAGAAGACCAUACUUUGAUAGAUUCAGAUAUGGAUGUACUCAGUGACAUCACUGUCAGCUCUGUCCAUACCAGUGACCUUUCUUCCUUUGAAGAGGAGAGUGAUGAGGAAGAUGCAGUUUCUGAGAGUACUGAAGAAGGAGAGAUCACAUCAGAUGAUGAAGAGGAGAAAAUAAGUCAGAGCAAGACAAAGCCUCAGGCCAGCGAGCUGGGUGAUGGGAGAGCGAAGCCCGUCCGACACGCGUAUGUUCGCAAGCCGUUCUUGUACUCCAAGUACUUCAGUGACUCCGACGAUGAGCGAACUGUAGAGCAACGGCGUCAGUCCAUUGCCAAAGAAAAAGAAGAGAGACUACUAAGAAGACAAAUUAACAGGGAGAGACUUGAAGAAAAGCGUAAACAGAAAGCUGCAGAAAAAACGAAGUCGCUGAAAACUGGAAGUCAAAAUGCUAAAGGGAAAAGUGGCUUGAACUUAGAAGAACCUCCAGCAAGAAGCCUUGAAUCAAAAGCUACUGGUACCAGCAUUAAGGAUGUACUUAAAGAACAAAAAUUUUUAGAAAAAAAAGUAGCCCUAAGCAGGAAAAGAAAAAGAGAUUCAAGGCAUGUUGAAGAUAGCGGGAAAAAGAAAUAUGAGCCAUCUGAAGAUGAUUCUAAAGAUAUACAAAAGACAAAUGAGGCUUGUGAAAAGAAUUCUUUAAAAGAACUGAAGCAUAAUCAUGGAAAAAGUGAAAUAUCUAAACCUCUUAAAAGGCUUUCAGAGUCGGUGCAUUCAACUGAAGAAAACAAGAAUGAUUCUAAAGUGGAGAAAGAACAUAAAAGAAAAAUGUCCGUCACUCUUCAGGUUGAAGGAACCCAGCAUGAUAGUGAAAUAAGGGAUUCAAAAAAACAACUGGAAAAAGUAGAUGUUAAUACUGAAGAUUUACAGAAGCAAAAAUCUACAUUUAAGAAUGAAAAACAUCCCAAAAAGGAUAAUGAUACAGAAAUUCAACAUGUAAAAAAUGCUGCCAAAAAAGAAGCCAAGUCUUACAGAGAUAAAAAUGAAAAGGAGAGAACUGCUUCAGAAGAUAAACCUUCUCUAAAGCACAAAUAUAAAGGGGACAGUGUUCAUAAAUCAAACGAGGAUGUUGAACCCCAUUCCUCUGAGAGAGGCUUGAAAGGAGAGGAUGGUGCUCAGAAGCAUAAUCAGCAAAUAAAGGUUUCUUCAGAUGACAAAUCUGAAAGAAAAAACAAGCAUAGAAGUGAACGGAAAAUAUCAGUAUCUGAAAAAGAUGGGAAAAAUAUUUCUGAAUCUACUCCAAAAGCUGAAGAGUUACUGCGUAAAGAAAAUAAAAAAGACAAGCAUCUCACAACAGAAAAACCAAGAGCAGAAUACAAGUCCAAAAGGUCACUCAGUGAUUCCAGGCCACAAAAGGAUUCCACAAGUGCCUCAAAACAACCUGCUUCUGUGUCACACAGAAGGAGUGAAAGUUACUCAGAGGAUAAACAUGAAUUAGAAUCGCCUAACUCUGAUUGUAAUUUGAAACAAGAAGAUAAUGUUCACAAAGAUAGACGAAGAUCCAAGAGUCUCGUAGAAGACAAGUUUUUGUUGAAGUCUAAGUCAAAGAGUCAUAGUAGGCAAUCCAGGGCAAGUGAAACAGAUGUACAGGAAAACUCAACAAAGCAAGACACAGUUCAGAAAAUGGACAAAGAUAAGAGCCUCGAAGAGAAUGACUCAGAAAAACAACAUAAAGCAAAAACUGAAGAUAAGCAAUCUGAGGAAAGCGGUGGUGUGUUUGAGUUCGAGAGUGGUGUGCAGUCAACUCAGGGAUCACAAAAAGACUUUAGUCACAGAGUUAAGUUACAUUCAGGAGAAAGAGGAUCUGUAAAAGAGAAAUGCAGGAGUGAUAAAGAUUCAAGCAACUCCAAACUAGAAAGAAAGUUAUCUGAGAGUCACAAAAGCAGAAGUUUGAAGCAUAGUAACAAGGAAAUAAAGAAAAAGGAAGAUAAUAGCAAAUUAGAGGAUAAAAAUAUUAAAAAAACAGAUAGUAGUCAUGAAAAAAUGUUGGGCACUGUAAUGGCAAUGGAUAAGAAAUCCAGUAAAAAAAUAUCAUGUGAAAAUAGAAAAGUCAGUGUAUCAAACCAAGAUAUGCAAGCAGAAGAAAAGCAGUCAGUUGGCACAAUUAUCACCAGCCAUACUCCAGCCAUUCAAAAGUCAAGUACAAAUAGUGAUGCCUCCUCUUCUGCCCGUGAGGGAGAACUGAUGGAACUUGAUUUGGAACAAGCAAAAGUACAGGAAGUACCUAAAACUGAAGGAAAAAGGGCUCAGAAUUCACUCCAAGCUACAGCUGCUGAAAAUACUAAAGAAAAAGUCUCUGUUUCAAGUAAGAAAUUAAAAUACAGCUUGUCAGAUCCUGAUGCUUGUAAAUCUCAGCUUCUGGCUGCAGUUGAAAAAACUGUUAAACAAGAAAAUAUCCCUAAUAAAGACAUCAGUGCCUUAGACACUUCAUCCAAACAGACUUCCAUGGAUCAAGGGCCCAAUAAGCAAGGGGCUUACCAAAUGAGCAUUGUGUAUGAAACAAGUGGUAGAAUCUUACUCAAUGCUCCCAGCAAGGAUCAAGCUUCAGAAGACAGCAAGAAACCAAAGAAUUCAAAAACUGUGAUAAACCCUAAUGUAGAUAAUGAUCCUUUAGCUAUUAACUCUUCCAGACAAGAUGCUACUGAUGUGAAGUCCGUGGUUGUGGAUAGCUCAGAUUUUGCAGAUUCCUUGGGUGGUACAUUGAAAGAAGAAUGCCAUAAUUCAGAUAAGACUUCUCUAAAUAAAGAUGCUUUCAUUUUAAAGAAUGGUGCAGCACAGGCCGUGUACACAGAACAAGACAGUGCCUCAGUAAGUUCUUUUAUGAAAGACAAUGGCAACAGUGCUGUGAUGGACAGCAUACAAAAGGAUGGUGAGGUUCCCCUACCCAAUAAACAAGCAAUGAAAAACAAAGCUGACCUAUGUAUUCAAGAUUAUGGCAAUGCAACUAAGUUGGAGAGCUCUCAAAGGAGUGAAUCUAAAAUAAAAGAUGAAAGCUUGAUGACUGACAUACCUGAAGUGUGUGAAGAUGCAACAGCAAGAGAACUUGCCCUAGCAAACCUAGAAAGACAGGAAAGAGAAUGCUUGAAUACAGGCCCUUCUACAAAGGGAGAAGGAGGCAGGGUGAUAGAUAAUAUGAAAAGCAAUGAGGUGCAUGAUAUUGAUGAGACAAUACAGUCUUCCUCUGUGUUAGUAAGAGUUCCAGAAGAAAUGGACAAAGACUCUGUUAUAGCUGGUAGAGAAGAAGGGAGUGGCGUGACUGACAUGGAAGAUAAAAAUGAAAAUAGUGCUGUAGGUAGCAGUGCAGGAAGUGGUAAACUCAGUUUGUUGCACAGCAGCCUUCAAACAACUGUGCCCACUGUGAUAGGAACUAGCACAGAAACGAUUGAGAGCACAGGAAUAGCCACUAGCACAGGAGAAGGAAGAUCAGAAGGUGCACUGCAUUGUGAAAAGGAAAGUGAUGCUACCACCACUUGCUCAGAAGAGAGCGAGGUGACAUUAAUUUGCACAAGCAUAGAAGCUGAUGAAGGCUUCACAACCGACAUCUGGGUAAAAGGUAGCGAGGGAGGUGACUUCAUCUCAGGAGCAGAUGGUGAGUGUACUGUUGCAGCAGCUGAAGAAGGCAGGAGUGGUGUUGUCACCGCAGGAUUAGCAGAAAGUGAAGGCUUCCUAACUAGCACAAAAGAAGAACAUGAUGAGUAUAGCAUAGUUGAUGCAGAAGAAAGUAGUAAGGAUUCAGUCUAUGCAAGCGGGGUAGAGAUUGAAGACAGCGUGAAUAGCGCUGGAGUGGAAGAAAAAGAUGAUGCUGUAACUAGUGCAGGCUCUGAAGAAGAGCGAAAAACUUCAACUUCUGGAGAUGCUGGCAAACUUGAAAGUUCUGUAUCCUGCUUAGGCGAAGUAGAGAGCGAUGGUGCUGUAACCAGUGCGGGAACAGAAACAGGUGAAGGAUCCACAAGCAGUGACAAUGCAGGUGAAUUUAGUAGCAGUGUGGUAAGAGGUGGCCAAGUCAAAGAACAUGAAGGUACUGUGACUUGCACAGGGGCAGAAGAGAGAAGUCAUAACUUUGUAAUCUGUUCGGUGACUGGUACAGAUGCCCAAGGAGAAAGCACUGUAACAGGUGCGUGUAUUGAAAUGGACACAAACAACAGUGCCACAACUGGGUCUAGCGGUGACAAAUGUGAGGAUCCUGUAAAUGGUGAAAGUGCGGUGACAAGCACAGGCAUAACUCCAGAAGAUGAUGCGGAAGUUUCAGUAGUCUGCACAGGGCUAGAAGACAGUAGUGAAGGGUUUGUAGUUUGUUUGGAUGCUGAAAAAUGUGAAAGCCUGAUGGACAGUACAAGGGCAACGGAGGAAGCCAACGUCACUAUGGUCAGUGUAGGCCCUUGUGAUGAUGAGGACUUUGUGACUAGUACAGGCUCAAAAGAGGAGGAUGAAGAAGGUGAGGAUAUUGUCACCAGUACUGGAAGAGGAAAUGAAGAAAUUGAGCACGCUUCUACUUGUACAGGAAUGGAACAUGAGAAUGCAGUCCUUUGUAUAGGUGCAGAAGAAGGUGAAAGUUCCAUUAUCUGUAUAGUUGCUGAACAAAUGGAAGCCGAAUCAGGAGUGGCUGGCACAAAUAUAAAUAAGCUUAGUGUUGACAGCUUGACAGAUGUGGAGGAAGAAGGUAACCGUGGCACAAACUGCCAAAAUGCUAAAGGGAUUGUUGAAAGCAGUGUAACCAGUGCGAGUACUGCAGAGGGUGCCCUGACAGCACAUACAGGAGAACACGAACAUGUCCUGAUUCCAGCAGAUGCUGAGGAAUGUGAGGGUCCUAUGACUGGUGCUGCGACAGUGCAGGAUAAGGGUCAGUCUGGUACUGUAGAAGAGCUUGAGAAUGCCACAGUGUCCUUCGGCAACAGAGAACUUGAUGGCUCUAUAAGUAGUGCAGCUCCAAAGGAAGAUGAGAAUUCUCUUCCUGCUGACAAGGAAGAAGAAAAUAAAGGUGGUGAUAUCUCUACUAGCACAGUGGAAGAAAGUGAUGCUGCCUUACAUUCAGCUGUGGAUGCUGAGGAAGGUCCUCUGGCCAUAGCAAGGGCAAAUGAAAGUGGGGAAAGCUCUAUGGUCUUAAUAGACUCUGAAGACACGGAGGUGCCCAUGCCUAGUACAGCUACAGAAUUUAAAGAGAGUAUUCAUGCCUCUAGCAGUAAACAAGAAAAAGAUGAGUGCACUAUGAUUUCCACAAGUAUUGUGGAGGAAAUUGAGACUCCUAUGUCAAGUGCUGCUGUUGAAUAUGAUGGCCAGCUCCUCUCUGUGAGAUCAGAAGAAAUAAGUGAGAAUAGUAUGGUUUCUGUAGAUAUGGAAGUAUAUGAAGUUCCAAUGCCCAGUGCAGGAGGAGAUGAUGAAAGUCACCCAACUGCUAGUGGCAAAGAAGAAAAAGAUGAGUGUGCCAUGAUUUCCACGAGUGUUGUAGAACAAGUAAUCCUAAUGUCUGGCGAAGUUACAGACGAGGCAGGUCAAUGUGUCUCAGACACAGAGUCAAAAAGUGAAACUGUGGUGAUCUCUACAAGUACUGCAGAAUGUUUUGAAGCUCCAAUGUCUAGUGGAGAUGUGCAAGAUGAAAACAAACUCACUGCCUCGGAAGCAGAAGGAAGAUAUGAAGCUGCUAUGAUCACUACAAGUAUGGCAGAAGAAUGUGAGAUAGUCCUGAUUAGUGCAGCACCACAAGCUGAAAGUGAGCUCAUUGUGGCAGGAGGAGAUGACGAAGCCCUUCUCUCUCCAAAUGCAGCAGAGGAACAUAAGGUUGUGGAGACCAGUGAAACUGCAGAUGAACAGUUUGAACUAGCAGCUUUCAACGCAAAUGCAAAAAGCCAAAGUUCUGUGAUUUUUGUGGGAGAGUGUGGAGCUCCUGUGCUUAGAGUUGCUACCAACAGUGAAGAUCAACAUACUGCUUCAAGUGCAGGAGAAAAAGAGGAAGGGGCCGUGAUCACAGUAAGCACGAUGGAAGAAUGUGAUAGUCUCUUUACCUUUGCAGUCAUAGAAGAAGGUCAGCUUGCUGCUGAGAGUACAGAAGUAAAAGAAAAAAGUGAGGAUAUGUUUAAUCCUGCUAACCAGAUUGAAUGCGUCCUCUCAACUGCAAGUCUAGAAAAAAGUAAUAAUUCUUUGCUUGUCGUUAGUAGAGAGAACGAGACUUCUGAGAGUAUUGUGAGAGGAGAGUCAUUAGCCGCUCAAACCACAGUAGACAGUGAAAUCUCAGAAACAAAUGAAAAUUCGAUGAACCUUCUGAGUGUAGAUGAAGCUCUUUCUGUGGAGGUUAGUACAGAGACUGCUGCGAGUCCAAGCCCUUCCACCGAGGCAAAUAAGGAUGAUGAGGAAGCUGAAGGUGAUGUAUCCCAUGAGGAUGUUGCAUCAGAGCUCUCCUGUGUUGUUUCAGAUGCAGCAAUGGAGAACGAAGCUGUGAGGAAUAAAGACUAUCAAUUUAAUUCAGACUUGCUUUUAGAAAGUGACUUUUCUGAAACAAGGACUCCACAGCCUAAGACAGAGGCUCUUUCCUUAGCUUCUGCAAGUGCAGUUACUGUAAAUGCCAACCACAGUGAAGUGACUGUAGAAGCAGAAUUAAGGGAAAAAAGUGAUGCCCCUGUUUUGCAUGGAGAAGAGCUAUAUGAAAAUGGUGGCAAGAUGAACUUGGUGAAAAUAGAUGAUGUUGGGAUUGAAGUUACUUUCCAAAAAAGUAAAACAGUCCUUAAUUCAGGAAAUAAUGCAGCAUUACCAAACUUGGCAGAAGAAUUAGAACUUGAAACCAACUUGAGAACUGAAGAGUCACAACAGCCUGGAAGUCCAAGAAGUGAAGAAGUAUGUGUGGAUCUUCACGCUGAAGAGUUUCAAAAAGAUUUGCAGCAGAGGAGUGUUUCUCUGGACACAGAUACUGCAUGUGUGGGAAAGGUAGAUCAGAAGAUAACUGGAGAACAUAAAAGUAAAGAAAUGAAAUCUAAAUCUUCAGGAACAGUAGAUAAAGAAAAAUGCAACCAGCUGAUUGCCCAGGAUGCUAGAAAUGGUGAAGAACAAACUCAGGGUUCCAAAACAAAAGCUAAUAACAACAAGGAAGCUGUUGUGGGUGAUACUGCAGAAGUGACCGAAGAAAUUGAUGCGAAAUACACACCUCCUAAAAGUGAUGGGGAAGGGAAAGAUGAAGUCAUCAUCAAGCAGGAAAUGUCUGAAAAGGCAAAGCAGAAUCUAGAAUCAAAUGCAAGCUCUGUAGAGGAAAAUCAGCCUGUAGUAGUGAAACGGAAGAGAGGAAGGCCUCGUAAAUAUCCCCUUGAGGCUGUACCUGGUGGUGGGGAGUCAAAAGCUGAUAUGAGCACUGGGAAUCAGCAGUCUCCUGCCUUUACAGGUAGAGGAAAAAUUCCUCAGACAGGUAAAGAGUCUUCUAAUACAAAAGAAACAAAUGAAGAUGAAGCUGGGAAGACAGAGAUGGUUGUGCGCAAAAGGGGAAGAAAGCCUAAGCGUUCUCUGGCUCAGUUAGAGGAAACUGAAACACAGGAACCAGAAAGAAAACGUCGGAAACUAACAUCUGGUGAAGAGGAAGUAAAAGAGCAGGAGGAAGGUGAGGAAGAAGAUGGAGAGGAAGAUGAUGAAACAUGUUCUGGAGCCACAACUAGGUCAGCCACAAGAUUGGAGACUCAAAGAAAGCAGCCCAGCAAGCCAACCACACGUGCAGCCUCGAAAGGCAGCAGUCCAAAUUCACCUUCUCCUAGAAAACAACAGAAGUUAGCAGGAAAGAAAAGAUCCCCAAGUGAUACAAAAACGAAUAAAUCUCCUCCACUGACACAGUUAAAGAUGCAGUCUACUAAGCGUAAAGGGGAAGGCAGCCCGACAUUGGUACGCAGAAAAGGCCAGCAGAAAACAGAGGAGGCGCCAGUUAAGAAAGCAAAACGAUAAUUUCUACAAGCAAGUAUGAUCCAUGGAAAAGCUUAAAGAAAAAACAUCUGUGCUUCUAUUUUUUUUAAAGCAAAGGGAUUUGCACGUGCUUGUUUCAAAGCUCUAAGUUAAUAGAUGCAGUACCUUUAAGUUACAUUUUAAACAGCUUUAUAAACUAUUGUUUAUACAGAAUAUUAUGUACAUUUAUUUCAGAUGAAAAAUAAGUUUACUUUGUAUCUGAACGAAAAACAAAGUAGUUAUAUAUUUUAUCACUGACUUGGAAGUUGAGGUUUCCCGAUGUGACUCGCUAACGCAGAUGCUUCCAACCCACGAGGUACCCCUGGGCCUACUAAUACACUUUGUAUAUAAACUUGUAAAAAUAGGUUGUAUUUUACUCUGUGUAUGAAUCUAAUCAAUGAUGGACAUUUUAUUUAUUUUAUGGAAAGCAUUGGUCUGUAAACUUUAGUAUAUACCGUAGGUUUUUUUAAUUAUAUAUUUUACAUUCUAUGCAGAUGUCAGUAGGAAACUUCGCCUCUGCUCCUCCAGGGCCAUCUAAAACCUGAAGUUCUCUAAAAUAUGCUCAGACAGUUGGUAAAAUACUUUCUCGCAUGCAUUGAAGUAGGUUAGCAUAGUGGAAAGGAUUUGGCUCCUUUCUGUUCACAUUUGUGACAAAGUAUAAAAUAUAAAAUGUAAUUCUACUGAUUCUGAUUAUAUUUUCAUUUGUAAAUUUACUACCAGCCUGAAGAAAUAAGUAGUAUUAGGUUAGAUUUGCUUCCAGUCAGCUGACACAGCCUCAAAAUGAAACGAAUUGUUUUAUUUUGCAACUGAACACCUGUCCUUUCAGUAUUCACCUUUUUCAACAGAGGGACCCAUUGAAGUCAAAUGUCACUUCUAACUGUAGAGCUUCAGCAUUUUAUGUUACAUUUUA